AUGGGGUCGAUAACAGCGGACGGCGAUCACCUGCAUGUGCGUGUGCCCAACGUGCCCGCCAUCGUCGCCAAGAGCUUCCACGAGCGCGUCGCCGAGACCCAAUCGUUGCUCUCCAAUGUCGGCAGGCAAGCCAAGGCCAUGGCGGAGCGGUCAACGGUGCGCGAGCGCGUGAUAGCGGCGGUGGCGGCGCUGCUGGCGGUAGCGCUCGUGGCGUUCAGCGUCGCGCUCUCGCUGCGCUCCCCGCCGUCCAUCGUCGACGCGCCGCUCCUGCUUGACACGCUAUCGGGAGUGCAGGACAUAACGUGGCGGGGCUACGCGGACUACGAGGUGCGCAUCUCACCGCUCUCCCGCCACGUCUCGCGCCCCUCCCUGCCCUUCCAGCCCAUAGCGCGCGGCCCCCACGGGUUCAUCCAGUUCAGCGCAUACCGGCUGUCGGCGCGCUCCUUUGCCAUCGUGGGCUUCGGCGCGCACUUCCUCAAAGACCACCUGGGCGAGUUGAAGUGUGUGUGGGCGGAGGGCGGCAAUGCGAGCAGCACGGGCAGCAAGGGCGAGGUGAAGGCGGCUUAUGGCGGGCUGAACGGGUGGGAAACCUACGAUGCCGUUCUCAUGAAGUGCGACUUUGAGGCGGCCACGGGCACCAUGGGAGGGGAUCUCUUUCUCACCGUCGCCAGCGAGGAGUUCAGAGCCUUCCGCGAGGAGGAGGGCGAGGAGCAUGUGAUCGACCCGCCCAGGGAGGACGCCCUGCCGCACACCCUCGCCGUGUGCGCCGUGCGCCUCGCCAACCCCCUGCAGCCGCGCCCGCUGUACGAGUGGCUGUCGUACCACUGGCAUCUGGGCGUCUCCCUCUUCCGCCUCUACGACGCCGGCUCCAUGGACGCUCACCUCGCUGCCGUGCUCGACCCGUGGCUCUCCAACCAGACGGCGCAGGUCAUCCCCACGCGCCACCUGGCGCCCUUCAAGAUGGAGCACGACGCGCAUGCGCUCAGCGCGCUGGACUGCCUGCACAGCAUGGCCUUCCUCGCACGCUGGGUCACGGUGCUCUCCCCCGACUCCUACCUCUUCGUGCCGCCGCCCGCCACCAUUCUGGAGUAUCUGAAGCAGCAUGAGGAGAGGUCGUGGGUGACGGUGGGCACGCAGGAGUGGUCGCCUGUCAAGUGCCGUGACGGGCUGAGAAUGCAGCCGCCCGGCGUGUGGGAGGGGCGGCAGGAGGCGGCACCAUUUGCGGUGGAGUGGCUGGCGUUCAGAAGGAAGGAUGCGCAGUGCUCGGACGAGGGGGCGGACAAGGAGACUUGCAUUGGGGAGGCGGGGCAGCGCUCGCACUUCACCAACCCCAGGAAGGCGGGCAUUCUGGGCUACUUUGACGUGCGGGAGACGGACGACAACGGGCACCACGCGGGGUUCAGCGAGGUGCACAAGAACUGGUACCCCAACCUGCAUGACCUCGCCGUCUUCAACUCCACGUGCUCUGAGGUCGUUGGCGACGACGAGUUUGCCGAAGGGUGGGUGCGAGAUGUGUCGUUUGCAGACUAUGUUAAAUCUGUCAGGAAGAGUCCCCCGCCUCAAGGGUCGACGGAGGUUCCACCCCCACCAGCAGAGAAUUGA